AACAGUUUCCACUUCUCCAAACGGUGUAGUUUUUUUUUCAAAAAGUAUCAUUCUUUGUGUGAGAGAGGCAGAAGUGACCAGCUCACAGCCACUUUGCUGCCACAAAGAUUGUGCUGAGAUCUCGUGCUGCUCGGAGGGACCCUCGCUGUUGGGUUGAUGAUGGCCUACAACAACACAACAGCUUAUUCAAUGACCCAACAUGAUGCCAUCGUGGAUGGGAUUAUCCUGUCCUUUUCUGUGUCUGUCGUGAUUGGGAUUGCAAUUGGCAUAUUCAUCUGGAUCCUGCUGGCCUGCCUGUCACGCAAGAAGCAAGCCAGCGCUACCAUCUCCCAGACCACCAGCCGGCGCACCCGGACAUCGCCUAACAACGCAGUGCUGACUCGGACCAGCUUCUACCGCACCAACAGCUAUGAGAGGCACGGAGACAGCAACCUGCCCUUGGCGAGCACUCUGACCUUCCAACGCCAGUGGUCCCAGGAACACGCUGAUAGCUACGGGAGGAAGCAAAGCUUCAGAGCCUCCACCUUCCACCCUUUCGCUCAAAGUCCACUUGCGGAUGAGCUUGGUGGGAUUCAGUCCUCUUCCGCCCUGCUGCGUACUGACACCUCGUCCACCCUCAAUUGCAGCCUCGGUCCCCAUGAGCAACGCUGGUCAGAGAGCCGGCACUAUGACUGUAACUCCUCACAGACCCCACCUCCUGCUUAUGAAUUUGUGGUGGAGCUGACCAAAGAGACACUAGCAUGAUGCCUCGCUUGUCAAUUGCGCAAGAUCAGCUCAAACAGCUCGAGCACCUCAUCAACAGGGGCUCGUCAGAUUUUCAGUGCCUUGAAUUUAGUAUUGGGAAGAAUUAGCUGCAAACUUUAUUUGAUCUGGUCAAAUGGCAAGAAUUGACAAAAAAAAAAGAGUCUUAUAUGUGAAACAAAAAAUAGAAAAAGUUAGAUUUUUACAGCACCUAUCACCCCCAACAAUUGGCAAAGUACAUAUUAGCAAAUGUAUAAACACAACAGCCCAUCUAUACCUAGCAAGCUCCAACCAAUGGUAAAAUGAUAAAUGUCAGCUAAUCUGUUUAACUGAUGGAUGAGUAUUGGCCAGGACCCCAUGAUAGCCCCCCUUAUCCCCCCACCUGUUCUCAUUCCAUGAGUGGUCCUUUUUUCCUGGGAAAGCAGGCGGACACUCAGUUUUAUGAAUCAAUGAAAGAUUGCACUUUUAAAAUCACUCAUCCUGUACUGCACUGCAUUCAAAUAAAUAACCCUCAGUCAAAGAAUGAAGAUUACACAGGAACACUGUACACCAACUCGGCAUGAUCCAAUCAAUGACAUUGUAAUAUUAGCCCAGGCGAGAUUCACCUUUAUGUGGCUGAAAUUUACGGUGUCCCAAGUCACUCAGUUCACUGCCAAUGGAAGAUGAAGCUUUUACGUACGACCAACAACCGUUUUUACUAACUCACAAAUAAAAACAGAGGCACAUCACACACGAUUCAGUAAAGAAUGCCAUAAAAAUUUCCGAGUGGUCCCAUCGAUGACCUUCAUACAGCCACGUUUUUCAAAGGUUAGUGUAAUUUUAGAUAACCUACAGGUGCUCACCAUCUGUUUCACGAAUCAUGGACAAGUUGCAUAAUGCCGUUACUGCAUAAACUGAUAAACCCAUAGUGCUCAGAAAGUUGAUGGGACUGGACGCACUGGACCUCCUCUACCAUCAACCCCUUCAGAUCCAUGGUAGCUGCCAUUGAGAGAGGCUCUUUAAAGUCUGACCACUUUUCUAGCAGGCAGCAAGGGCAGUGAUGACGCAGCUUCCACGGGGAACCACACAGGCCUUGGUGUGCACAUGAUUAUCUGUGUUAAAUGCUAUGAUGCUUUUUGCAAUGUGCCGUUGCCUAUUUCACAACGAUUCCAGGAGAUUGGAGUGGGCUUUAGCAGCCUUGUACAGAAAAUGUUCAGCACACAAAAAAGAACAUAAAAUACAUUUUCUGGACAGAAGGACCUGAGUCCAUUUGAAUGGCCUCAUAAUGUCAAAAAGGCACCCAAUCUCACAGAUCCACACGAACAACAAUGGGUCAAAAAACAAAUGGCUGGAGGAACUCAUCAGAUCAAGCAGACCCAAGAAUGAGUGUUGUACAAGAGGAUAAGAACAUGAACAUGAUAUUAAAUGGUUACGUAUUGGUCUUCAUUCCAAUUACAUGCAAUGCACAUUGUAUAUUAAUGCAAAAAUAACAUUCUGCAACACAUCAUUAGAUGCUGGGAUUUAGAAUCAUACUCAUAAAUGCCUUUGAAAUGUUGUUGUAGUAUCUGCCUCAACUACCUCCUCUGGAAGCUAAUUCCAUAUUCCCACCAUUCUCUAUGAAAACGUUGCCCCUCAGGUUCCCAUUAAAUCUUUCCCCUCUCACCUUAAACCUAUGUCUUCUGGUUCUUGAUUCCCCUACUAUAGGUAAAAGACUGGGGCUCUACUUUAUCUAUAUCCCCUGAUAUUACAUUCAGCCUCCGACACACCAAUUUAGAUUUGGCAAGUCAGCAAGACAUUGGAGUUAAGUUUAACCACCCAACAUAGGGGAUAGUAUCAGCAACAUUGAAUGACCUGUGCAUUCUAUGAAAUCUUGAAAAUCUUGCUUGAAACUUUGAUUGUCUUCAAACAUAUGAUACACCCAGCAUCGUAUGGCUGGAAAUAUCCAAUCCCUGGUAAUCCUUGGUUUGAGUGGUGCUAGGUUGAAUG